AUGGAGCUCACCUCAGCCCCUCUCCACAAAGGACAGGUCCCCUGGAGAGGACUCCUGCUCACAGUCUCUCUAUUAACCUACUGGAACUCUCCAAUCGCUGCCCAAGACUUCACUCUUGAAGCAGUUCCACCCAAUGUUGCUGUAGGGAAUAACGUUCUUCUAGUUGCCCACAGUGUGCCACCGCAUAUCAGUAUCUUUAACUGGUUCAGGGUAUUUAGUGGUGAUAUGAAGUUAAUUGUAGCCUCAUAUUCUAGAGACUUGAAUUCAACAAAAAUUAAUCGUGCAUACCGUGGUAAAAUGACAAUGAAUGAUGAUAAAUCCCUGCUCAUCAGGGAUGUCAGUAAGGACGACGCAGGAGAGUACGGAACAGUACUGGGAUUUAAUAACAAAACUGAGAAGAUUCAAUCUGUGGAGUUACAUGUAUACUAUCCAGUGACUAUACCCUUCAUCCAAGUCAACCAAACCAUAGACAAAGACCUAGUCUCUGUGUUCCUGAAUUGCCCGUCAAUGGACAUUAAUAACUCCAUUCAUUGGUUCUUCAAAGGCCAGAGUCUGAGAAUCACAAACAGGAUGAGACUGAUCGAGAACAACAGCACCCUUGAAAUAUUCCCUGCCAGGAGGGAGGAUUCCGGGAACUAUAAGUGUGCAGUAUCCAAUCCACUCGGGUCCAAGAAAAGUGACCCCAUCCAGCUGGACAUAAUAGGUGAGUGA